GUUGCGCUCAACAAAACUAGAAAAGAAAAAUGAAGAAUCCUUUUGCACAACGGUCAAAAAGACAAAAAAAUGGUCUUUUUCAUACUCCUUUUGGGGUAAAACCCACCCGCUAUACUCGAAAAAGACUAAGGUUCUUUGCGGCUGAAGAAGAGACGAGAGGCAAAAUGUUGUUGUAUGGGCUGCAAUUCCCCCUCCCCAUCCAAUCCAACAUCUCGUUCGCUUUAAAAAGCUCGUAGCAUCCCGUCCGCCCCCUCCCUCUCUCACUUACCGGUAGAAACUCUUCUUGUUUAAACUACAAGGAAUCACACGCAGGCGUUUGAUCCCCCCCAUCGAGUUUUCCGUCGUCGUUUUUUUCGUUCUUUUUAGACUUUAUAGACAUAGACCAUACCCCUCCUCGUUCUCUUCACUCAAACACAACACAUACACACAUCAUGUCCUCUUCUAAGCUUAUGUUGGCUUUCGCUGCCUUGACGGCCUCUUCUGCAUUGGUCGGUGCCGCUCCGGCUCCCGCUAGGUUGGCCAGGAGUAUCCCCCAGUACGGUGUCGCUCCUCCCAAGCCGGAAUACCCUACGCCUCCCAAGGCUCCCGAGUACCCUGUUCCUCCCGUGACUCCCGAGGAGCCCGAGACACCUCCUGCGACGGCUACCGUCCCCGCUGGUACGGCUACCGCGGUUGUCCCCAUCGCUACUGGUCCUGCUGGUCCUGGAUACAACAGGCCGCCUGUUGCGACCCUUCCUCCGGUCGUCCCGGUUCCUGCUUACCCCACUGCUACGCCUGCUCCUCCCGCUGGUGGUGAGGAGAACUUGCCUGGUGUCAUUCCUGAGGUGCCCGAGGGUGAGAUUCCCGAAGGGUCGCCCGAAGGUGAGAUUCCCGAAGGUGAGCUCCCCGAAGGUUCUCCUGAGGAAAUCCCCGAAGGUUCCCCCGAAGGUUCUCCUGAGGAAAUUCCCGAAGGUUCUCCUGAGGAGAUCCCCGAAGGUUCACCCGAAAGGUUCUCCUGAGGAAAUC